GCGCUACCGUGGAAACUGGAGAAGCGGUCCUUAUGCGGAAUACGGACCGGCACUGCGGGGACGAACUCGAGUCGGUAGCGGGGGACCCGUUUUGCGCAGCCGAGGGAGACAUGCAUCGCUCCCCGUCCGAUCGCUCCAGGCUCAGUGAGAACACGCACUUGGCCACGCGAUACGCGGUGCGCAUCUUCAGAGAAUACCUGACGGAGAAGGCGCAAAGCACGGACUUUGAGAGCAUGGAUAAGCACGCGCUCUGCAAAGUGCUGCGCUCUUUCUAUUCAGAGGCGCGCUCCAAAAGCGGCCAGCUGUACAGCAAGUCUUCUCUCAUCAGCAUCCGGAGCUCGCUCAACCGGUACCUGAACGAGCCCCCCUUCUGCCGCACUCUCGACCUCACCAAGGACCCCGAGCUGCGCAGUGCCAACCUGGCGCUCGCCGCGGUCAUACGCAAACUGGAGGAGCAGGGCGCCGGUCCCGUGGUGCAGAAACAAGCCAUCACGCGCUCAGACCUGAGGAAACUCUACACUUCUGCCGCGUUCAGCGCCAGCACGCCUUUCGGGCUGCUCAAUAAAGUGUGGUUCGAGACUUGCAUGUACUUCUGCACGAGGGGACGGGAGAAUCAGCGAGAGCUCGAGGAGGACUCUUUCGGUUUAGCCAUGGACGAGGACGGAAGAAAGUUUGUCUACUUCAAAGCUCUCGGGCCGUACCACAAAUCUCGUUCCGCCUCCUGGACUAAAAAAAGGUCCGACACGGACGAUGACAACCUUCCCCGCAUGUACGAGACCGCCACGGACUUUUGUCCUUACGCGAGCUUUGUGAAGUACCUCUCGAAGCGCAAUCCUCUCUGCAAGGCUUUUUUUCAGCGCCCGCGGGAUCACUGCAGCGAGACGGACACGACCUGGUACGAGAAUAAAGCCAUCGGCAAAAACCUGCUGGGCACGAGAAUGCAGAUGCUCUCGCGGGCCGCCAAACUGUCGAAGACCUACACCAACCACUGCAUCGGCGCUGUCUCCAUAGCAACGCUCAAUGGCAUUGCGGGCGUCGGGUCAAAGUUAGCGCCUCUCCGCGUCUCCCCGGAAACGGUCAACGGAGCCCACGAGCCACAUCACUUCCAGCACGUGCUGCUGACCUGCGCGCGGGACUGUGAGGAGGAGCCCGAGCUCAAAGUGCAGAAAGUGAUCAAGCGCCCGCGGACGCUCAUCUAUCCGGUGAGCGUUUCAGGACCAGGGCCAGGGGCAUCCCCAAAAAGACUGUGCGCGCGCGCGGAAACUCCUACUGGACACUCUCAUUGCGAAGUCAACGGAGAGACGCCUCAUAUGCUUCCCUCACAGGAGAAUCGCAGCAACAGUGUGGGUAUGUCGACUCGGCCUCUAUUGGCACAUUCGCCUGCCUCCCCGCUGGGCACAGCUGGCAUCCCCACACCUGCACAGCUUACGAAGGCCAAUGCACCGGUCCAUAUCGACGUAGGGGGUCACAUGUAUACCAGCAGCCUGGCUACACUAACCAAAUACCCAGAGUCCAGGAUUGGCCGUUUAUUUGAUGGCACAGAGCCCAUCGUAUUGGAUAGCCUAAAGCAGCAUUACUUUAUAGAUCGGGACGGUCACAUGUUCCGCUACAUUUUAAAUUUCCUCAGGACCUCAAAACUGCUCAUCCCAGAUGAUUUUAAGGACUACUCUCUGCUGUACGAGGAGGCACGAUAUUUCCAGUUGCAGCCACUGCAGGCUGAGCUGGAGCGCUGGCGCUCUGAACAGGACUCUAGGUACACAUCACGCAUGUGUGAGUGUGUUGUCGUUCGUGUGGCGCCCGAGCUUGGAGAGAGGAUAACACUCAGCGGUGAUAAAGCCCUCAUUGAGGACAUCUUCCCAGAGAUAGGAGACGUCAUGUGCAACUCCGUCAACGCUGGCUGGAACCACGAUUCUACUCAUGUUAUACGCUUCCCUCUCAAUGGAUACUGCCACCUCAACUCUGUACAGGUUCUGGAGCGACUGCAGCAAAGAGGUUUUGAUAUCACUGCUUCUUGUGGAGGCGGUGUGGACUCAACCCAGUUCAGCGAGUACGUUCUGAGGAGAGAGGUCAAACGAAGUCACCGUGGGGUCACAACCUCUGUCAUUCGAAUCAAACAGGAACUGCUGGAUUAGCCGUCCACUCUGACAGAAAAAUAAACUGAAUAUGGUAUUUUGAACUGAAUAUAAGGGCAAGACAUUUCUCCAAGGGUACUGUCCAUAAAUAAACGGGUUCAAAUAAGGAAAAGUAUUGUUUAAAAUUCAAAUGGGAUUUUUCUGAACCUCUCUGGCUAUGCUGAGUAGUCUCCAUACUCCCAUCAGUUUUUUUUUUAGUUUUUUUAAGGUUUGUUUUAAACUGAAAGACUGCCAGACUACACCUUUGCCAGAUUUGUCUUCACCAUGAUAGGAGGGGAAGAAGCUAAACGACUAAUGUUAGACUCCAUAUAUGGCAUCCUGUAAAAAAAUGUAAUCAGCCAUACUUAUUUAAUAACCUGUUUGAUUAAUCAUUUAUGUUGCUAAUCUUCGUGUUUCUCGCAUAAAUAUAUCUACCCAGAGAGGAAUAGAAGUGCAAAUGACACCUCUAAUUAGAAAAAUAUAUACACACAUUCAAAGGUCAAGCCACAGCUGUGAUUUUCUUGGAAAUGUAAAAUUAGAUUACGUUUCUGGGGAUGUGGCCAUUAGCUGAAACUUUUUAUCAAAACAUGAUCAAACUGUAUGAUUUAAAAGAUUUCAGUACACACACUUAACUGUUCAUUAAAGGAAUAGUUCACCCAAAAAUGAAAAUUCUCUCUUAAUUUUUUUCACCCUCAUGCCAUCAUCCCAGAUGUGUAUGACUGAACAAAAAUGAAGAUUUAUAGAAGAAUAUUUCAGCUCUGUUGGUCCAUACAAUGCAAGUGAAUGGUAGCCAGAACCACCAAUGUCUUCAGAAGCAGUUUUAUUGGUGUGGGUGAGAAACAAAAGUCCUUUUUUUUACUAUAAAUCUCCUUUCACAUUCUUCUUUUAUGUGGUGACCAUACACAUCUGAGGCAUGAGGGGGUGAGUUAAUGAUGAGAGAAUUUUUAUUUUUUGGUGAACUGUCCCUGUUAUCAAGAACUAUAACUAUUCUUGAUUGUUAUAAUUUCUGUUUUGGCUUUAUCAGACAAGUUCUAAUAGCAAAACUUGUCAAGGCAGUAAGGGGAAUGAUCUUGUGCUAUAACCUGGGGAAAAAACAGAAUUACCCCAAGUUCAAGAUUUUUUUAUUGCUAUUAUUUGUUUGGCCAUAAGUUGACAGUGUUUGGCUAUACACUAAACACUGGUUCAUAAUACAUGAGAUUAAAGUUUGAGAAGAAUGUAAUGUGACAUUGUUAAUAAAAGUUUUUAAG